AUGAGUUGGAAGGGAUUUCAGAAAGCCGUGACGCGGCUUCCCACAAAGUUGGCGCAGGCCACAGGCUAUGCAUCCGAAACCGUCGACGACGAGUUCGUCGCGUUAAACGAGCAGUUCAAACGAGUCGAGCUUCUCGCGCGGAAACUCACAGACGACGCGAAAAAGUUCAAGGACUCCCUCUCCGCCAUGUUGGCGCACCAGGCCAGAUUCGCGGAAACUUUGGUGGAAGUCUACCGGCCUGUGCAAGCCGUCGGGGCAGGAGGCUCGCCUGUCGCGCAAGGUAACCCCGACCUCGACGACGAAACGCAGGCCGCGUCACCUGGGUCAAACCUGAAGCCAAAUACACAGCACCCGCAAUCUUUCGCUGCCGCCGAGGCGUUUGUACGAUCAAUGAGAGCAGCACGCGAAGAACUCCUACCAGACCUCGACGUCAUCGAGCGCCAAGUGGUCGCGCCCGCCUUAGACUACAUCGCCCUAAUCAACAACGUCAAACGCAUCCUCGAGAAGCGCUCGCGAAAACUAGUCGACUACGACCGCCACAAGGACUCGGUCAAAAAACUGCAAGCCAAACCCGACCGCAAUCUCUCCGACGAAAAACGUCUGAGCAGCCUCGAAGCACAGCUCGACCAAGCCACGCGCGAGUUCAACAACGUCGACAACAUCGUCCGCCAGGAACUGCCUAUCUUCCUCGGCCUGCGCACACAGUUCAUCGAUCCGUGUUUUCAGACUCUGUACUGGUACGAGCUCAAAGUCGUCGAGGCGCUCAACCGCCACUUCUCGGAUCUGUGCCAUGAGAACGGCUUUGACGCGUCGCAGCCGCCUUUGGUAGCCUUCGAGGCCAAAUUCGAAGGAAUAAUGGAAGCCUUGAAGGAACUCACGCUGGCCAACAGGGGCGCCCUCAAGCGCCCUGCGGUCAACUACCAGAACCCAGAGGAAGGCUAUGAGGAAGGCGGCGGGGAAGCGCCCGCUGAAGCCUUUGCGCCAGAAGACGAGCACCUCCCAGCCUACGAAGAACCCAACGGCGCCAAGGGAGGAUACCCCUCAAGUCCAUCAAAAUCAAACACGACGUAUAAAGCUUACGCGGGCCCUUCGUCCUCGGCGGCCAGCAUCGCUGCAGCGGCUAUGGCUGCACGUGGUCAGACUCCACCUGCUGCUGCUUCUGCUGGUGCAUCCUCAGCUACACGCGCUGCCCCGCCAUCGACGACACCACGCACGAGUUUUGUGAUUGCGUUGUAUGAUUUUGAUGGCGCUGAGGAGGGUGAUUUGGCGUUCAAGAAAGACGACAAGAUCGAAGUCCUCGAACGCACCCCGGACACCAACGACUGGUGGAGAGGCAAAUGCAAAGGCGUCACGGGCCAGUUCCCUGGGAAUUACGUUUCUGAUCUUUGA